CGAAAGCUGUAUAAAAGCCGGGACAAGCGCUUCAAAAUUCAGUUCGGAAGCGACCGCCAUCGGUACACUUCCAACACAUUCAUCGCGAAGGGAAGAAAACCACUCCAAACAGCACACAGUUACUAUGAAUAACUGGCGUUUACUACUACUUGCGGUAGUCGCUGUAGUUCAACCUAUUGCAUCUUUCACCGAUCGCAAUCUCAUUGAUGGCAGGCAGCAGUGUUGCGAUCAUCCGUCUUCUACUCCGCUUCGAGAUACGAGGUCCUCGCUUCGUGGAACAUACCGGCUCAGCGAAACCACAUCUGCUCUACGAGGAUUAAGCGAUCGGGAUGAAAUUCGCCAAUACCGUCGUUCUACAGAGAAAAGGCUGAUAGAAGAUCGGGAAAGGGCUGCAAGACAAGAUCCCUCUCCAACAGCCAGAUCUACACGAGUUGAACGAUCUGAGAACUCCCUGAGUCGGGACCGUUUGCUGAAUGUACGACAAAGGGAAUACUCUGCUCGUUAUAGUCGAGACCUGAAACCUCAAGAAUUCACCCGCAGGGUUGUCGAUCGUUCCUCCAGGAAUUCUGUAGAUCGUCGUGAUGCCACUGAAACAUCUCGCGACGGCUCCCUUAGAAAUGACUACAGAACAGAGCGAUUUGCUAAUGAACGUUUGCCCGAAAACUUACUCGGAACUCGACGUGAAAUGCAAUUCAGAUCUGAAGAUCAUAGGAUUUCUCUGAAUCGAGAUGCACGGCAUAUCGUCCGAACAAAAGUAGACGAAACAGUUUUGGAAGUACCUGACAACAUGGACACUCGACAGCGUUUUACAAGGGAAAGAAGUGCAGUACGGCGCGAAUCUACAACUCGAUCGGGCACAGAGCGAUAUAAUCUAGAUAUGGAUUCAUAUCAACGCGAGCAGCGGAGCACCGACCAGAAUACUCGAUUAGAUCGAAUUCGUGACAUGCGCGUCGGUCUUAAUACUCGUGAGGUAAACAGAGAAAUACGACGCAUUAGCUAUCUGCGGUCAAACGAGAAAUUUGGCGAACAUCGAGGACAAAAUAAAGAAAAUUCUGAAAGGCGAGAAUCUGAGCGAACUCAGGUAGCCCGACGCUAUACGCGUGAAUCUCGAAUUCUGAACAUUGAAAAUGAGAGGAACACGAAUGAUCGAAAAAAUGUUCGUGAAUCCCGAAUUAUCAAUACCCUGAACAGGAAGAAAGUUGAUAUCGAAGAAAUGUACGCGAAACCAGGAACACGAAUACCCUAA